UCAUGCCUAUGUUCGUACAUUCUCUCCAAACCCCUGUUUUGGACCUUGCUCAACAAAAGACAGUAGGAGAUGUCAAGAUUUUGGUUACAGAACGUGAAGGUCUCCCUCUUGAGCAGAUGGCAGUGUUCUAUGAAGGCCAGCCAUUAGAAGACUCCUGUGAGCUUGUAACUUUCAGAAAUGAGGCAACAUUGAAUGUUGAGCUGCGCUUGCUUGGAGGUAAAGUCCAUGGUAGCUUGGCUCGUGCUGGUAAAGUACGUGGGCAGACACCUAAAGUUGAUAAGCAAGAAAAGAAAAAAGGAAAGACUGGCCGUGCCAAACGUCGUAUGCAGUACAACCGUAGAUUCGUAAAUGUUGUCGCUGGCUUUGGGAGAAAGAAGGGACCCAAUGCCCGCUCAUAAGUUUUAUUAAAUGUACAAUAAAAAAUAAACUGGCACUUAUUUUA